GAGCAGGAGCGUCUGUGACAGUGGACUACACUGAUUCAUGCUGUCGUAGAGCCUCAUUUCUUUCUUUCUUUUUUUUAUGGGGAUUUGUAGAAUUUUAAUGCGGCCAGAAAAGAGCGCAUGAAGGAGAAGAUGAAUGUGGAGGCUCUGAGCAGAGCAGAGCUGCUGACUCUCCUCAGUAUCCUGGAGGGAGAACUGGAGGCCCAGGAUGUAGUCAUUCAUGCCCUCCGGGCUCAGCACAGGGAUGCAUUCGUCCAAGAGCGCUAUGGCCAGUAUGACCUCAGCGAUCCCUUCCUGGCUCUGCAAAGGGACAGUGAAGCAGUGGAACGUCAGAACAGCCUCAGCCAGCCUCACACUCACCUGCAGGGACGGGCAGUGGGUCCGAACCCUCUGGCUGUGCUGAAGCUGGUCAUGGCUCACUGCAAGAAGAUGCAGGAGAGGAUGAUGGGACAGCUGGCAGCUGCUGAGAGCAGACACAGGCGGAUGAUAGCUGAUCUGGAGGAGGAAAAACGGCGCCAUGCUCAGUGCUCUGCCAGAAAUGAUGAUGAUGUCACCUUCAUGUUGCAAAGAGAAAGAGACAAUCUGCUGCAACAGUUGGAAAUGGAGCGUGCAACUGUGCAGAGGUUAGAGAAGGAACAGGUCCAGACAAUGAGCCAGGCAGAGGAGUCAUUGUCUGAGCAGCAGCAGCUCUACUCCACUCUGACUCUGGAGCUCCAGAAAGCCAGCAGCCAAGCACAAGAGGAGGCUCAAAAGGUCUCGCAGCUCCGCGCCAGGCUCCAAGAAGAAACCUGUGCUCUGGAUAAGCUCCAGAGUGUUCUUGAAGAGGAGAAGAACCGGGCAGCCCAGCUAGAGGCCAGCUCGGAGAGACAGCUGGCUGAGUUUGAUACAGAACGAGAGCAGAUGAAAGCCAAAAUCAGCAAAGAAAUGGAGAGGAGUAGGGAGCUGGAGAGGCAGGUGGAGGAGCUGAAGAGGAGGCUGGCUACCAGUGGAGAAUGUAAACAUGAAGCAAAUGAGGCUGUCACAGAGGUGAAAGAGUCACCUUCUAAAGUGAUGGUUGAGUCCACCUCUGUUCAGACUGAGCCUGAUGGGAAGAUCACACCUAAAGCAGCCUCUCUGUCAAAGGUCAACGGUCUUCACACACUCAAAGAAGCAGAAACAACAGCACAAGAAAAUGGAGCGAUGGUGGAAAAUGGAGCAGCUUUGCAUUCUACUCAUCCUCACCCUCACCCUCAUCCUCACUCUCCCUCCAGUACAGCCUCUUCAUCACUGUCCUCCUCCCCCAUUUCCUCCCCAGUUCUUGUCAAGCGUCUUGGUAGUCCAGGCUUCCAUCAGUCCUCUUACCAGGCCGGAGUCAACCAGCGCUUCCAGGCUGCACGACACAAAUUCCAGACCCAGGCUGAGCUGGAGCAACAGCAUGGCAGUGGAGGUCCUUUGUCUCCCAGGGACCUCUCCCCCACCACCUCCUCUAUUCCUCCCCCACCAGAGAACAGCACAGCGAAGCAGCUGGCCCGCAACACUGUCACUCAGGUGCUGUCCAGGUUCACUAGCCAACAGGCCGGGGUCAAGCUGGCACCCAUCAGCAGCUCUCCAUUUGGUACAGAUUACCGCAGUCUAGCAGCAUCCCCUCCUGGAGGGAGGUCACCGUCUUCGGGGCCUUUAUCUCCAGGGAUCCGCUCCCCACUCACUCCGCGCUCUGAGCGGACCCACCCUCCCCCUCCAGUACCCCCUAAAAAGCCAGGCAUGAGUCCAACUCCAGGUUCCCCGAGUCACUCUGUCCGGACCAUGCUCUUCCCAGAGGUGACUGGGAACUGUGGGCACAGUGGACAGGAAGGAGCCAAGGAGCCAGACCUGGUUCUAUCAUCCAGCAGCUAACAGUUACAACAAUACAGACCAGAUGUCCACAGUUACUGUAAUUGUUUAAUGACACUAGCCCCUAAACCCACUUGUAGCAGUCAUAUUUAGAUAUGUAGAAAACAAUUAAACACCGCAAAGCUAGACAGUCACAUUUAAGACCACACUCCACAAUCUCAAAUUACUAUUUAAAAUAAUUCAAUAUUUCUUUGACACACAUUCCCAUCUUCAUGUCUCUAGAGAUUUUUUAAUCUUAAAAUUUCAGAAAGAAUCCAUGUAUCACUGACAGUAUACUUCCCUUCAAAGCUCAAUGUUUACUGUUCGACUCCAUAGAGAAGUCAUUAGUAAGACACAAAACUAUAGUAGGUGAGUAAAAAAAA